AUGGUUUUGGUCCAUCGGUUUGGGGCCUUGUCGGCCAUCACCCUAACUUGGCUCACAAGAGCGCAAGCUUCUCUCUCUGAAGCGCAUUGGUCCUACUGUAAACCGAAAACAGUUACCGAAACUUGUUACGAAACGAUUACGAAGACGGCUACGGAGACGACUACAGAGAUUUGCUACGAAACAGAAACUACUACAGUCUACGAUGUUACUACCGUAUUCGAUACUGUUAGUUAUAGUUACACGGUGACGGAUACAGUAACGGAUACAGUAACGGACACAGAGACGGAAACAGAGACAGAUACAGAGACCGUUACCAACUCGAGAACUAUUACUGCCUAUGUUACGCGCUUUAAUAACCAGACUAUCAUCUCCUUGACUACUACUACCGACGAGGAGACGACGACCGCUACACUUACUGAUAUAGAGACCACCACGACAACUUAUAUAUCUCUCGUACCUACUGUUACUACGGCUACCCUCACCUUCACAACUGAGAUCCCAACUACGGUCAUAUCCGACAGAACAUUGACUACGACUGAAUACAGCACGUCAACCUACACAAGUAUCUCGAUUUAUACAACAAGCAUUCUAUCGACACUUACAGACACCCUAACGACAACUGCUGUGUCCGUUUCAGCUUCAGCAACUACAGACACUGCUACCGUGACUGCGACAGAAGAGACUACAUCGUAUGUUACAGUGAUAUCUACUACUACGUUCCUCACCGUUUCGGAGAUCUCAGUUACCGAUUCGGUGGUAAGUACUACAACUUUCAUUACGACGCAAUUUAUUACUACUAUAGUACCGGAGUAUAUUACCACUACAGUACCUCCAACUACAGUCACUUCGUCCGUCUGUCCCGCAGCGACCAACUCUCCGAGCUUCAAUGUACCUGUUUAUAACGCCUCAGCCGAUUUAACUUGGGGAUGUCCACCUGGAACCGUCUGUUCUCCUCCAAAACCGAAUGGGUGUAGUAUCUGGCCUGAUCUUCCAGAUCAAGCAUACGUCUGUGAGAGUCAGAGCUAUUGUAUACCAGCACCAGUUUAUACCCCCGUUCAAUGGUGUGAUAAUGAAACAGGGUACUAUCCUCUUACGGACGGCUACUUUGACCUUGCACCGCCGGCUUUUGGGUUAAGCUAUGGUGUAUUUGAUCCCCCUAAGCUCGAAUUACUUACAGAGACCAUCUCGGGUGUGACCACCACUAUCUGGACCUCUACAGGCGACUAUGAAUCACAGACGAGUAUUACGGCAUAUCCACCCUCAAGCACACCAGAGCCGGGCUAUCCAAGAGCGAUAGUGAGGAGAUUCCUACCUUUUAGUAAACGCGAUGAGACGUUACCAACGACGUGCUACGCCAUUUGCAAUAACGCUGUUAUAGCGGCCCAAAGUGUUGGAAAGAUACCCCAGCUUUGCGCAUCAGGCUCUGUAUUCAUGACAUACCGUCAAGCCUGCCAAACAUGCAUUGAACAUAACGGGGGGACGUGGAAAGCCGGUACUAAGAACUACGCAGAUGACUCAAUGACUCAAUGGCUCAAUUACUGCGAUGCAAACAGCCCUAGUUCAGUCUCUCCGAGCCAGAGUGCCCCUGAGGGAGAGGUCACAACUACUCCUGGACUGUCUACAGGCAGUGGAGCUUCGCCAGGCACGACUGGUGUAGUUUCAAACACACCAACUUUCUCGACCACGCCCUCUUCUACGGCCGAAUCCUCCUCUUCAACAUCCGAAAGUACGUCUUCUUUCAGCUCUUCAGAAGACACGUCUUCGUCUUCUUCUACUUCUAGCUCCUCUAGGAGCGCGUCUCUUAGUCUAAGCUUGUCGAGGAGCACUUCUUCUUCUUCUUCUUCUAGCUCUUCAGAAACAACUGUUCCUACCAGCUCUUCCGAGAGCACAGCUUCUUCUACUUUCAGUCCAACCGAAGGUAUAUCUUCUUCUAGUUCUUUGGAAAGCACAUCUUCUGGCUUUUCAGAGAGCACUUUCUCUUCUCUCAGCUCUUCAGAAAUCGUCACUUCGUCAUCUUCGGGAGCUAGCACCUCUACUGGGACGUCGAGUACGAUAAGCACCGACAGCAGCAAUGGAGAAUCUAACUCGACCCCAGAACCUGCUUCUACUUCGUCAGCGAGUAGCAGCAUCACGCCUACAAUAACGCCUACUGUAACAUCGCCUGCUACAGUACCGAGCAGCACAACAGCACCGAAUACGGUUUCCACAGCCGGGGCGCCCGCUGUUUUAAACGGCGGAGCUACGUCUAAUUCCAUCAUCGCCCUUAUAUUAUUAUUCAUCCUCUGA